UUUUUCGAAAAAUAUUGUAAAAUAGAUUGUGUUCAUAAAAUAAUUUUUUAAAAAUGAAACUUGCAACUACAAUGUUCGCUUUAAUUAUAUUUGCUGCUCACAUGGGCUUGUUGAUUUAUGCUUAUAAUUAUUAUAAAAAUAUAUCAACAAUUUUUCAUUUACGCAUAGACCAUGGUUGCUACUCAUUGAUUUCACUGAUGGUAAUGUCCAUAGCCGUUUGUUUAUUUCGUAUAUUACAAGAUGUUGAAACUUUUCCCAUUAAAUUCAUGCAUGCUUUCCUUCAUAUGUUAGCCAGUGCCAUAAUGUAUUAUUCCCUUCUCGAUUUGGAAGAUCCGAAUUGGCAUUAUUUACAUGGCUUUCCAGCAUUUGUUGUAUAUUAUGGCUAUUUUGCACAGAUGGCUUUUGCUUUGUUUAUUUUUAUGGCUUUACCAUCUGGAGAACUUCGUGAGGCUCUAGCAGCUAUUCAUAGUGUGAUUGGUGUUUGGUUAUAUUAUUGUUAUAUCGGUAUAGCUAUAACCGGCUUACAUUACUGCAGCACCAAGGAUCAGGAUCGUUAUAAGGAAGAAACUAAUCCAUCUGGUGUGGAGAGUGAUGCUUGUUUAAAACUAUUGGUUUACUAUAAAAAUUUAUUAAUAAUUUCCGCUAUAUUAAUAAAUUUCUUAUUAUUGUUUCCAUAUUUUCAAUGGGAUUUGAUAGAUCCAUUAUAAAGGCCAUUUUUGUAACCACUCUUACACAAACU